UUCUACCCAUUUGCUAGCCCAGAACGUCACUCUACUCACCUACUCGCUCACUUUCUCAUUACUGAUAACUCACUAAACUCACAGCACACCCAAGUGCUCAGUACAUUUUCUGUUAACCAAAUUAUAACUCUUCUUCUUAAUCUUAUAUUUUUCUCUUCUCAAUAUCAUGGCUGGUUUGGUGUUAGGGAUGCUUAUUUUGGCCAUGGCUGGUCAUUCAAGUGCAACGUGGUGCAUUUGCAAGGAAGGAGUGAACGAUGCAACUCUACAGAAAACACUGGACUAUGCUUGCGGAGCUGGGGCAGAUUGCACAGCUACUCAUCAAAAUGGGGCUUGCUAUAGCCCCAAUUCUGUUAGAGCUCAUUGCAGCUAUGCUGUCAACAGUUUUUUUCAGAAGAAGGGCCAAACUCCUGGCUCCUGUGAUUUUGCUGGCACUGCCACUGUGGUCACAAGUGAUCCUAGCACAAAUGGUUGCGUUUAUCCUGCUAGUGCAAGUGGCACAAUUGCUCCUCCUGGGACAACCACCACCCCUGCCACGCCGACCACUGCAACCCCGACCACCGCCACCCCCACUAUCAAUAGUCCCACAGGCACUUCUCCUCUAGUCACAACUCCAUCAACAUCAUCAGGACUCGGAGCUGGAGGAUUCAACAAUGGCUUAGGUCCAUCUGGCACCAACCAAGACAUGAGUGAAGCUGCAGGCAGGGUUUUACUAGCCAAGAUUUGCCCAACAUCCUCUUCCUUGAUCACUCUCCUGUUUUAUGGACUUGUAUUUUGGUGGGCUUGAUCAAAUUGUAGUGGGGAGAUAAUGCGUGACAAAAAAAAAAAAAAAAGUUAUGUCCAGAAGCAGUUUCUCUUGUAUGCACAGUGCAUGUGAAUUUUAACUACUAGUGGCAUGAAAUGUUAAAGAGUACUAUGCAGGGGAAUAUGUUGUAUAAGCUAAUCCAGCCAGCUUGAUUUUGUUGUCUUGCUUGCCCCUGUUAUAUGCAAAUUAUUAUGGGCUUCGGAUUC